GUGACUGGAGGUGUUGUUUGUUGAAUUUUAUAGUUGAUUGCCUCAUUUUAUGAGUCUUCUAACAUUCCGUUGAGCAAUGAAAUUGUGGUGCUUAUCACUUGUUUAGUGGCAAAACACUUUGUGCAAAUUUUCAUGAAUUUUUCAUCAAAUUGACCAAGCACUUCGAUCAUCGCUAUGGUGCGAGUUCUCUCAGUAUAUCAAUUCACUGAAGAGGGUGGAUUGACCAUUUCGGACGACAUAAAUGCCUCCUGCCUCGUGCCGCCGGAUAGAAUUGCCAUCGCCACAUCUGGUCUCGAUGUGGAGAUUCGCAGUCUUGCUGGCGACGCGAAGGAUUCCUUCACAUUUCCCGCUGUGGAUGAAAUUGAGGAGAUUCACUACUGCAGAAAUGGCAACUAUCUGGUGACGAUUGAGAGCAAGGAGGACAAUCGCAAUAUAAAGUGGCGAAUUGUGAGGAUUUACUGCAAUUGGGAUGGUGCGAGCAAAUCAAAGUCAAUGGCAAUCUUGAGGGCGAGAAUUGCUGGCAAAGUGACUCCCUCUGAUAAAUACAUCAAUUCCGAGGAUGUGGAAAUGAUAGAGCUGCCCCUGAAGACUCAGCCGCGCUGUGUGGCAUGUUGUCAGGUGACGGGCAACAUUGCCAUUGUGGCGGGCAACAAAGUCCUCUUCUACCAAUUCAGAUCCUGCAAAACGGACACGGGUCGGUACAACUACAUUGACUUCGUGGAGGUGCCCUUUUUCGUGGAGUUGAGCUUCUCACCGCAGAAGAUCACGCUGACUGAGGGCGUGAUUGCGUGCAUGAGUGACUUCACAUUCAACCUGUUCAAGAUCACAGAAGUUUACGAGCCCAGCAUCAGUGUGGACAUUUCGGAUGAGAGCUUCAGCUCAGACGCCAGCGGAUCGAUAAGGAUCAACACGAAGGACACUCUUGAUUUCCGUACGAUCUGCAAGCACAGCACGAUCAACAAGCAGAAGUUCAGAGUCCAAGUGGCGAGCGACAGCGAUGAAAAUGGGGCCAAUGUGGACGUUCGUCCGGAGAUCGUGCACGACAUGCUGAUCAUCCUGCGAUCGCUUCAGGACUCUGAAACACUGUCCAAGUACACUAUAAAGCCGCUGCUGCAGCUCAGAUUGCCCUGUCCAGUGUCACAGAAGCCAAUCUACGAGUCCUUCAAGAGCAUGUCCGUCAAUCCGCUGUACAUGAGGCGCGAGAUGUGCCCGGAGAAGAGCAGUGAGAACAUCUUUGGCUCGAAUUACUCCAGGAAUUUUGUGAGUGUGGCUCUGGUGGUGGCGACACAGCAAGACGGGUAUCUCUAUCAGUUCUACAACAAUGACGAGUGGCGCCAGAAUACAGACAUUCUCGCCACCUAUUCCUUCACAGCGCCCAUUGUAGAUCUCAUUCUGAAGGACUCUGUUCUGCACGUUCUCACGGAAGUUGGCGUGGAGACUUACACCCUGAGGAUUGGACAGAAGAUCUUCUACAGUCCAUGCGAGUAUUUCCUCAACUACUCAACCACUUUGGAUGUGAUUGGACCCAAUUUCAAUGAUCCCAUUUGCCUGCUGGGAAUCCACACGUUUUCCGGGGCAGAGAAAUUCAUCACAUCCUCGGGAAAUCUUGUCAUUUUCUCUCGCGAACGCAGACAGAGUCACUCUUGGCGGUUGAAAGUGCUGCAAGAGCCGAAGGCUGAGCAACUCUAUAGGAGUAUUGAGGGAUACGCUCUGAAGCACAGGGCGGAGAAUCCCAAAGUAUUUCUUCACCUCAUGGGAGAGAUUCACGUGAUGAUACGGACAGCCAAUGAGCUGGCCAGAAUGUCACCCGUGGAGAACAUGAGGAAUCAGGUGUCCUUGGCAAAAUUUCUAGAGCAUGGGGAUAAAGAAGUGGAGAAUUUAUUCCUGGAAUCAUGUCGGACUCUCGCUGAUUUCUUCGUUUUGUCAGCCAACGAGGAGGAAUUCUACAUGGCGUUGCCGUACUACUUGAUGGGAAAACUCUCCGUCGCGGACAUCUUCAAUCGCUGCAUUCAAUUUGAGCAGCUCGGAGUGUACUCGAUGGGCGGCAUAAUCUACACACUGAAGCAGCUUUUCCUUCGCCUCCAGCCAGGUUCUGAGGAGAUGAAUUUCCUCACUGGCGAUCGUGCAAAAACUCCUCUCAUGGACAAUAAUAACGGCAAUGAGAUGCGUGUCGAUAGAGAUGGUGGCUUCAUGAAGGCUCUCUUUGAUCUUCUGCUCAAGUACUCACCAGGAGACAUCACCACAAUUGCUCUUCAGUCGAGCACUUUUCUGAAUCGCAUGGGAGAGUACAUCCUGGACUUUCUGGAGGCGCGCGAGGAGAAGACCAAUGAGGAGAAGCUGUGUGUGGCACUGCAGUUGGUGCGAAAGAAGCGGGCAACAGUGGCCAGAUGUCUCAUUGAGACUAUCGACACGGAGAGUUUGUUGAGUAUCUUGAGCAAGAACUGGACGAUUCUCUUCGAGACGUCGAUGAACCACAAGAAUGGUCACUCCAUUGUGAUCUUCUCGGAAUUCACAGAACACUGUCUGUUGAUGUCCCAAUUGGAAUCCAUUCAGCGACUUACAGCGUCAGUUUUAAAGUAUCUCCUCGUGAAUCUUCAAGUUCUGCCCUUUGAGGUGUUGCUAAAGAUGCUGAUUGACUUCACGUCCUUGCGCAUUGGAUAUGCUGGCAGUGAGAUUGGGAAGAACAUUCUGAUGCUGACGUUGGAGAUGUACUUGGUGGAAUAUGUGGAGCAGAAGAAACUCUUUGUGGACCAGUCAGAAUCAUCAGAUUCUGCCUCAUUUAUCGUUACAACUUCUUCUGUGAGCAACACAACAAGGAGUGGCCACGCGGACAGCUCUAGAAAGAUGUCCUCGUCAAUGGCUUCCGAUGUGGACACAGCUCUGUCGAUCUUUGGCUCUGCAGCCACUGGAAAAGCCAUGAAGAUUCUGGUGAGAUCCCACUUGGGAUUCCUGAGCAGCCACAGCGCGGGUGUGAAGAAAGACAACGACUUGAAGGAGUAUUCCUUGAGUGAUUAUGACAUUCCUGAGAAGGAAAUUGAUGCUCUGUUCGAGUCCUUGAAGAGGUGCAAGGAUAUUCUGAAGGAGAAGUGCGUGGAUGAGACACUUGUCUUCAUGGAGAAGAGAUGGAAUUACUUGAAUCUAAUGCCGCCUCUUCAUGACAAUUUCCUGGAUUACCUCAUCAAGUUGAAGAAGGCGGAAAAUUCACCUGAUAAGCCCCAGGAUUUGGAGAUAAAUGUCGCUUGUGUGAAGCUACAAGCACUCCUGACCAGCGGAGAACUUCCGGAUGAAAUUGUGAAUGAAGUCUCCCAGUUUAUAUGCUCUAAUCCUAAUCUUAUUGGAAUUGAGAGUGUGAUUUCGUGUCUCCUACCCGUGUCGGAGUGCACAGAAUUCCUUGUUAAUGUGUGCCCUCAAUGCGUCCUGGAGUAUGGCAAGGAUCGAUUCACGCGCAACGAGGACUGGGCUUUUCUCAUCAACUGCCUUCAAGUGCAAACUUCCAAGGCCGGCGAUGCCACAGAGUCCAACGGAGGUCUUUUGCUGUUCUACCACCGUCUGCUGAAGGAGAUUCUCGAGUACAUCGCCAACACCAAACCACUCGAGACAGUGAUGAAGAUCUUUCCUGAGCACGAGAUCACCAAAAUACCGGACAAUGGUGCCACUGGGAGUUCUGGUGAGGGAAAGAAGCUGCAUUCUGGCCAUCAUCCGCACGAGCAGAGCGCCUUCAUCCAGUACAUUCGGGUGUCAGUGGAGCGCGAGCGGGCCAGGAAGCUGAGGCAGGUCAUUGUGGCGAAGAGCAAUUCUUUGAGCGCCAAAAUCAAUUUGUAAGGAAGACGGAUUUCCACGCAAAAUUUUUUAGCACAAAUUUGAUGUAGUCAAGUUUUCCAUGUUACAUUUUUAGAGAAAUUCUAUGGCAAUCUUCGCAGAUUUAUCGUGAAAAAAAAAUUCCUGAAUAUUGAGGAAGAAUAAAGUUGGA